AUGAUCCGCGGCGCCUGGAUGUCCCCCCGCGCCGGGGCGGGCGCCGCCGGCGGGGCGGUGUGCUGCGCGCCGCGCCGCAGCGACAAGCCGGCCGCCGACCCCGAGCGGGCGCAGAAAUGGCGCCUCUCGCUGGCCUCGCUGCUCUUCUUCACCGUGCUCCUCUCCGACCAUCUGUGGCUCUGCGCCGGGGCCAAGCUGCGGGCGCGGGAGCGGAGCGGCGCCGGGCGGGCGCGGGGCCGCGAGCCGCGGGCGCUGCUGCCGCCCGUCGAGCCGCCGCCCGCCGCCGCCGCCGCCUGCGAGGCCUUCGCGGGCAACCUGAGCCGCGGCGCGGGGCCCGCGGGCCCCUGCCCCGCCGCCCGCGGCGACCUGGACUCGGCCUGCGCCAGGCUCUCCUCCCUGCAGCGGCUCCUGGGCUCCUUCUCCGGCGCGCCCCUGCGGGCCGCCCCCUCCGCCGCCUCUUUUUUCUCCUCUCCCUCCUCCAAAAGGAACUUCUUGAAGGCUUACUUUAGGAACUUCAACCUCUCUUUUUGUGAUACUUACACGAUCUGGGACCUGCUGCGGGAGAUGGCCAGCCCGGACAGCUUGGAUUGCAGCUUGGACAACCUGAUGGUGGACUUCGUGGCCGCGGCGGCCGGGGCGCUGGACGGCGAGGCGUGUAGCAGCUGCGUCCAGGCGUAUCAGAGGCUGGACCAACACGCUCAGGAAAAAUACGAGGAGUUCGACCUCUUGCUGGAGAAAUACUUGCAAUCGGAAGAGUACUCAGUUAGAUCCUGCGUAAGAGACUGCAAGGCUGUCUACAAGGCCUGGCUGUGCUCCGAGUAUUUCAACGUGACACAACAACAGUGCCGACACCGGAUCCCAUGCAAGCAAUACUGCCUGGAGGUGCAGACCAGGUGCCCAUUUGUGUUGCCGGACAAUGACGAGCUGAUCUAUGGAGGUUUGCCUGGCUUCAUCUGUACGGGGUUGCUCGAGAACCAGCUGCCCGACGAGGAGGCCAAGUGCUGUGAAGUGCAAUGGGACUCCUGUGACCACCCACCAGACAGCAACUACAACACAUCCCCCAAAUCCACAGCGUCGGAGUCACUCCAUUACCACCACCACGACCCCCACCUCCAUCACCAGCGGCAGAACCACUAUCACCUCUACCACCACCACCACCACCACCAGUACCACCAGCCCCACCCACCAUCUCUGCUGCCAGUCUCUGCAGGGUCUCGCCUCAGCAACAGCAGACUCAGACUGUGCAUCCUGGUCCUAAUGCUUCUCCACACCAUGGUGUCCUUCUCAAGCGUGCACAGCAGCAGCGGGGCGGCCGGUGGAGGGCUGAGCUUGGAGGCCCUGCCUGCCGUGGAUGAGAGCAUAUCACGAGAUGAGUGA